AUGCCUAAUGUCCAAAAUUCUGGGUUUAUAGAAGGCAUCCAGCAACCAGAUCAGCACGGAUACUAUACUAAAGGCAGUAGAAUGAACAGUACUUUUGGUUUUGAUCCUACCUUCAGAACGUCAAGGUUGGAAACAAUUUUUCUAUCCUCAAAAGAGAGCAAUUCAUCUCAAGAAAAAUUAAGUCCGUUCUUCCAAAUAACCACGAGCUAUCCUAUCUUUACUUAUACAAAAAGAUUGCCACAGAUUUCUUUGACUUGUAACGAAAGCUAUUUGACACCAAUCGUUUACACAGAGUUAGACGCAUUGAGCGAUGAUCGAGCCAUGACGUACAUGCCUGUCAUACUGUUUCUGAUUCUAGUGAUGCUCUUUGGAGUUUUAGGUAAUCUGCUCGUACUCUAUAUAUAUUGUUCUGAUUCCAAACGAAAACCAGCCAACAACUUCAUUAUCACGAUGGCGCUGUUUGACUUCUUGGCCUCAAGUAUAGCAAUACCUCUUGAUAUCUACGACAUGCGUUACCAUUACACCUUCUACAAUCGUUUUGCAUGUAAAGCCUUCCGAUACUCCGAAUCAGCAUUCACUAAUGCCUCGUCGUUUGUUUUAAUUCUCAUCGCCAUUGAUAGAUAUCUGAAGAUUUGUAAGCCUUUCUUAUAUGAUUCGCCCCUGAGGAGCAAGCUUAUGUGUUGUGGUGCGACUUUGUUUGGUUUUGUCAUAGCCAUUCCAUCCUUUUGGGUGUUUGGAAUAAAUCGAAAGCCGGUUCUUCUAAGGAAAUAUUGUGGAUUCGACUGCACUGUCUCAGAUGAAUACAAGAAGACAAAGUUGACGAAAGUCUACUAUGCUUUAUUGUUCUGUUUAUUUUUCCUGACUGUCUCAAUGCUUGUUGGAUUCUACCUACGUAUCUGGAUUGCACUGAGGGCCAGAAGAAGGAUCACAACUAAAGAUCAUAAAACAUUACAACAUUCGCCGAAUAACAGUGGUCCUGCAAAAGAUUUUUAUUUGACCUCCAUGAAAACAAAUGGAAAUGACUUAAGUUCACACAAUAAAGAUUCAAUAUUUUCAAACGGAAUCAGAAACGGUAAUUUCAAUCGUACAUAUUCCUGUGUGUCACGGAAUUCCCGAAUGUCUGUCAUUGGAUCCAGAAUCACAUCUACGAUUGGAAAUGUUCGUUGCUCGAGGUCGACUAAAAUCUUCAUUGCUGUGUCUAUUGCUUUUAUCCUUUGCUUUCUACCGAGUAUUGCAGUUAAUCUGCUUCAAGUGUUCAUGAGAAAUACCCAGAUGAAAAAGACAAAAGAGAUAAAAAUAAUUAUAAAACUUUUCGCCAGGGUUCAUUUCGUCAAUCACGCAAUAAACCCAGUAAUAUAUAGCUUUCUGAAUAUCAAGUUUCGGAUUCAGUGCAAGAUGGCAUUCAGACGCCUGAUUACAGCCCGCUACGUGAAAUUCUGUACAGGAAAGUCCCCUAUUGCUUCAAGUUCUUCAAAUAGUGUAUUAAGAAAAAGAACAUCUACAGACAGCAACUGAAUACAAACGAAAGGAAGCCUAAAACACACAUACAGGCAGUUAUAUUUUUAAUUUAAAGACACAGAUUUAUUAUGUUAUUAAAAGUCACAUUAUAGGUCCAGUUAUACACAUGCAGCCAGCUACAAGAAAUUUUGUACAAGGAAACCCCAAAUUUCUUCACGUUCUUUAUAUAGUUCAUAAAAAAGAGACCAACGACAGACAGGUACGUGAAGACAGCCGGAAGGGAAGUCUAACA